ACCUGCGUUUUCCCUCCCACCCACCCUUUUGCAUGCAUUUCCGGGUUGGUACAGUGCCACGUCAGCCACAAUGCCACGUCAGCAGUGCCACAUCAGCAACAGUGCCAUGUCAGCAACAGUGCCAUGUCAGCAACAGUGCCACGUCAGCCACAGUGCCAUGUCAGCCACAGUGCCACGUCAGCAGUGCCGCGUCAGCAGUGCUGCAUCAGCAGUGCCGCGUCAGCAGUGCCCCACCACCAUGAUGGGCUCAGUUUUGGGCAUGCCAGGCCAACUGGCAAAUGAGUCCAUUGCCAAGUACCGACAACGUUUCGAAACUCAGCUCGCACUAAUCGCGGCUGAGGAACAACGCCAGCUGGCAGCCGAGGCUGUCCGCCUACAGGCUGAAGCGGUGGCAACAGCUGAGAAGCGGCGGCUUCAGGCCGAAGCAGACGCAGAUACCCAGGCACGCCGCAAGGAAGCCCAAGAUCUGCUACAACGGCAUGAAACCACCAGCAUUGAAAGACUCAAGUUUUGGCAUUUUGAACCAUCCAAGGAGCACGACGACGUGACACCGGAGGAACAGCACAAGGAAUUCAUGGCCAAGCUCAUGACCAGUGCACCCUCUACCCGCCAGUUGGAGGAACGAGUUGACCACGUAGUCGCAAUGCUCGGCGACAUCAGUACCUUCGCUGCACCAGCCACCAUCAGCAACCAGCUGGACACCUUGAAGACCGAGGUUCAGCAACUGCACCAGCUGCCUAACAAGGAUAGCAACGCCGUGCAACACUACAAGAUGCCGACAUUCCAAAUCGAGAAGUUCGAUGAUUAUACGCAUCAAGACUCGGUCCUCUGGUGGGAGGGCUUUACAACGCAACUUCGGAUUCUGUUCGUCGCCAAGCAAGCGUACAUCGGCUCGAUGUUCCUCAACUCAAAGGGUGGAUGCCAGAUCUGGUUGAGCCACUUGGCAACCGUCCAUGGCAUCGACAUCGCAAACCUGAAAGAUAAGAUCUCUUGGGAAGAGUUAACACGGCUAUGGAAGAAGCGGUUCAUCGUGGACGACGCCCCAAUGCUCGCCAUCAACCGCCUCUUCGCUAUGACGCAAGGCAACACAUCGACACGUGACUGGCUCACGGAAUGGCAAAAGAUUGCGGCAACGCCCGAUCUUGACUUGCCAUUUUCGCAUCUGCGUCGUGAGUUCUACAACCGGUCAUGUGCCGCCUUGAGCCUUGCACUUGGUGAUCGCGAGCAAUACGUGACCUUCACCGAAAUCAUCGACAAGGCAAGGGAGAUCAUCAAGACCAAUGAGGCAGCUGCACAUGAGAAAUCAGCAUGGCAGCCAACCUAUGUGGAGAAGGUGAAAACUGGUCCGUGGCCGCAGCAUGGCGCUGCAGUCCAAUCAGACAACAUUGUGGAAGACCCGGCAGCCACCCAAGCGUCACGUGAGGGAGAUCAGGUGGUUGUUGUCCAGCCGCGAAGCAACAACAAGUCCCAAGGAAACGGGAAGGCGAAAACCGCAUCGCCGGCCGGAAACGGAAAGCCAGCAUCAUGGGUCAAGUUUCACUUGACCAAGGCGGAAUACAAUACCAACUCCUUGAUGGACGCCGGAGUAGAGAUUUUCGACCUUCACGCCUACAUUGCGAAGAUCGACCGCGAGUUCAAGACACAACGGUACGACGACAUCGACGCACCAUUGUUAUAUAUACACAUUCAGAUCGGAGAGGCGACCUGCAAUGCUUUGAUCGAUUGCGGAGCAUCUCGCAACUACAUGAGCCAGAACUUGAUGGUACACGUCGGCCUUGGCCCACGUGUCUGGAGGAAGUCCCAGCCUACGCAAGUCACGUUGGCAGACGGUCACACGCACAAGUCAAUUGACCGGUGCAUAGAUGACGUCCCCGCGUACUUUGCCCCGCAUGCAAGCGAGGCGGUGUCCUUCGAUAUUUUGGACACCAAAUUCGACAUGAUCUUGGGCAUGUCAUGGCUGCGAAGCGAGGAUCACUCGGUGAACUUCUACCGCCGCACCGUUCACGUCCGUGAUCGGAACGGAGUACUAGUCUCAUGCACGGUAGCUCCUCCUCACCCUUCGAUCAGCUGCCAUGUGGUGUUCGCCGCAAGCUUGCGAGCUUCCAUCAUCAGAGACGACAUCGAGGAGAUGGGGGUGUGUUUUCUCCACGCCCUCCCGCCCCACGACGCUUCAUCGACGGACUCAUCUUCGGACCCACGCAUCACCGAACUUCCUGACGCCUACGGCGACGUGUUCGAAAGCCCGCACGGAGUAGUACCGGAUCGGCCCAUCCGCCACGAGAUCAUCCUCAAGGACGGGGCCGUACCUCCGCGCGGUUACAUCUACCGAAUGAGCGAGGAAGAGUCAAGUGUGCUACGGGCACAACUCGAUGACCUUCUGGAGAAAGGCUGGAUUCGGCCUAGCUCAUCGCCAUACGGUGCUCCCGUUCUCUUCGUCUGGAAGAAGAAUAAUGAUUUGCGGUUGUGCAUCGAUUAUCGCAAGCUCAACGCGCAAACGAUCAGAAACGUCGGCCCUCUUCCACGCAUCGACGACCUUCUUGAACGGCUGGGCGGCGCCAAGUUCUUCUCCAAGCUUGACCUCAAGUCGGGAUAUCACCAACUCGAGAUUCGGCAGAAGGACCGCUACAAGACCGUGUUUAAGACGCGAUAUGGGCAUUUCGAAUGGCUGGUUAUGCCAUUUGGUCUUACGAAUGCCCCGACCACUUUCCAAGCGGCCAUGACAACGGAGUUCCGACACAUGCUGGAUCGAUUCGUACUUAUCUACUUCCUGGUGUACAACCGGAGUUUGGACGAGCAUGUGGAACACCUGCGCACCGUUUUUGGAGCGGCUAUGACAAACCAAGUACAAAGCCAACCGCGACAAAUGCGAGUUUGCGUGGCAGGAGCUGGAGUACUUGGGACAUUAUGUGACGCCGCAAGGCAUCCGUCCGCUUGCGGACAAGAUCGAGGUCCUCCGAGUAUGGCCCGAGCCCACCAACGCCACGGACGUUCGUUCAUUCAUGGGGUUGGCGGGCUACUAUCAGCGAUUUAUCACCCGAUACUCAAGGAUUGUUGCACCUAUGACGAGAUUACAAUCGCCAAAGGUGCCAUUCGUAUUCGAUGACGACGCACGCCGGUCAUUCCAAACAUUUAAGACGACCAUGCUAAUGGCACCCGUCC